CCUCCUAAUUCCAUCGAAAUAGCCUAAACCCCUCAAAAACCUCUUCAAAUUUUCAGUUAGAGUCCUGUUCAUGGCGGCAUUUCUUCGAGCAUCUCGUAGAUCACUUUUCUCGUCUUGUGGCAUUCUAUAUUCUCACGGCCAACAAUCCUCUCUCCAUUCCAGCAAGCACAUUUUCCAAUUUUCCAGAAGUCACGCAUCGCAGGCAAUCCAAAAAUCUCCGUUCGAAUCAAACAUACUCAGAAUACUUCGCAAUGAAAUCGAGUAUCAGUUGGAUUACGCCCCUCCUCACCCGCCUGUUUCAAAGUUCAAUACAUUUAUGGUGGAAGAUCGGCCAGGAGAGCAGUGGGUUACUUUGAGAAGAAAAUUUGGUGAGGAUGAACAUAUCAAAAUCGAGGCAACGAUGAUUGAUGGAGCAAUUAAUGUUCCAAAAGCAAAUGAUGAGAAUUUAGGGGAGGAUGUGCGGCUUCACAUAAGUGUGCUAGUUGACAUAUGGAAGGGUGAAGGUAGUGAGUUCUUGGAGUUCGUCUGUUCAUCCUGGCCAAAUUCCUUGGAAAUUCAGAAAGUUUACUUACUCAGAAGCGACAGUUCUCGAGCUCAACCUUAUAUGGGCCCCAAUGUUAAGGAUUUGAACAGUGGCUUCCGAGAUGGCCUAAACGAAUUCCUAAAGGCAAGAGGGGUAGAUGAUGAACUUUCUGCAUUCCUUCAUGAAUUUAUGAUGAAUAAGGAUAGAAUUGAAGCAAUUGGAUGGUUGAGAAAAAUCCAGUCUUUUAUUGAAAAUUAGAGGCACGUCUCUGCUCUCUCAAUUUCUCUGUAAAAUUGAUCUAUUAUAACUUAUGCUUAGCUUUGCUAUGAUUUUUUGCAUGAGGUUUCUACUCUUCUUCUUA